GUUGCCGAGUGGCCUUUGGAAUCAAUUUUAUGCUGAAAAUUAGCAGUUAUCUAAGAUGCAGCACGACGACGUUUGCCUCGUCUGUGCCGAUCCACUAGAGUUUACAGCGUUUGGCUCUUGUGGGCACAAGGAAGUCUGCUCAAGAUGUGUAGCACGCAUGCGUUUUGUGCUGAAGGACAAGGGGUGCGUUUUCUGCCGUCAAGAGAAUGCUCAGGUCUACUUCACUCGUUUCAUGGGAGAUUUCACCGCACGGCUGGCACCGGAGGACUUCGACGGCUUGCAGGCUCGGGCCAACCGGCGUGAGCUCUUCGCAAUGCCCGAAAUCAAUGGCUUCUUCGACGAUGAAAAGCAUUACCAAGAGAUAAGCGCGCUUUGCGGCUUUACUCACCCUGUCUUGGAAGCCGGCAGUGGCAAGGGAGCUCCGAAGUUUAACAACUUUAAGGCGAUGAAGCGCCAUAUAGAGACGACGUUAAACCAGUUCUUCUGCGACGUCUGCGUUACGGGGAGGAAGGUCUUCGUGAGCGAGCAGCUGCUGUACACCAGGGAUGGGCUGCGACGGCACCAGGAUGCGGGAGACGAGUCCGGCCCGCUUGCUGAGAGCGGCUUCAAAGGCCACCCGCCGUGCAAGUUCUGCCGCACACGCUUCUAUGACUCGAAUGAGCUGUACCGCCACAUGGAGGGCAGCCACGAGCACUGCUUCCUGUGCAGGCGGAACGCCCCGGACAAGUACGUUUACUACCGCCACUACAAGGAGCUGGAAGAUCACUUCACCAAGGAUCACUUCCCGUGCCCGCACCCGGAAUGCUUGGAGAGGAAGUUCGUGGUGUUCAGCACGGACUACGAGCUGAAGGCCCACUUCGCCGCCGAGCACGGCGACCAGCUGAAGAUGUCGGCUGCGCAACGCCGGCAGGCGUUAACCAUUCCCAUGCAGCUGCAGUACCGGUCCAGAGAUGACGAGGAGACGGAGCCGGGGCCGAGUGCGCGGUUCGAGCGGGCGGCUGUCGUCAUAGGCGGCGGGCACAACAUUAGUAGCCGGGCGGCGCGCAGCGGGCGGGCGGGCGGCAGGGGCGGAAUGCACCAUAGCCGCUCGGAGCCGCAGUUUGCGCCAUCGCUGGGCCAGGACGCGGGCGGCGAGGUGAGCAGCGUCACCUUCACAGCGGAGGACUUCCCGGCGCCGUCGAGCGCUCAGCAGGGCGGCGCUGGGCCCCUGGGGCGGUGGGCUGCCUUCGCGGGUGCGCAGGGCAGCACAGGGAACCUGUCAGACCAGGAUUUCCCAGCCCUGCCGACGUUGUCGAAGAACCAGCGCCGGCGCAUUAAGGAGCAGCAGCGCUCGCUCGCGGAUCGCCUCGCAGCCGCAGCGCAGCCCCCGCGUGUGCUCAACCGGGCAGCAGCAGGUCCUUCGGGUGCCAGCGGGUCCGGGGGAGCGGGGCCAUCAACUUCGGGGACAGCAGACAGCAGCCAAGCUGUCCCAGGGCUGGCGGAUUUCCCCUCCCUCAGCGCGGCUGCACCUGCAGCCUCUUCCAUGCCAUCAACGUCGGCACCGGCGCCUGCUGCUGUGAGCAGGGCCCCUGCUUUUGUUGCCAGCAGCUCCUCCGCCCGCGCCACCGAAGUGUUGGCACCCGCGUCUUCCAGCCGACGGCCGCCGGGGUUCGGAAAGGAGGAAUUCCCAGCGCUAGGUGGCGGUGGGAAGUCGCGCCCGCCUCCGCCUCCGCAAUCCCCGUCCCCAGCCGCAUCGCCCUACGCUGGCGUGACGACGGGGCAGCAGCCGGCACCUGUAGGGCCCCUAUCGCAAGCCGACGUCCUCCAGAGCCUGUUUAUGAGGCCGGGCUCUGCAGCUGUGACAUUGGCACCUGCGGCCGCCUCAACAUCUGGGUCGGGGGCAGCAGCCAGGCCAGAGUCGCCGCUGGAUUUGAAGGCCGACGACUUCCCCUCGUUGCCCGGAGGUAGCCGGCCUGCUGGGAGGGCACGGGCAGCAGCGCUCAAGACGCAGGUGGCUAAGGGGCAAGCGGCGAAGCCCUCUCCAGAGAAGCCAGCUGCUGCGGGGGGCGCUACGGGCGGCGGCGGUGGAGGGGUGUCAGAGAGCCUCAAGGCUGCCAACAAGGCUCUCAUAGAGCGCAUCAAGCGGCAGCUCAGCGGCGCCGCUUUUGACACCUUCCGGCAGCAGAGCCAGAAGUUCAUGCGCGGGGAGCUCUCGGCAGACGAAUAUCACGACUACAUGGUGAGCUUGGGGCUGUUGUCCCUAGUCGCGGAGCUCGUGUCGCUAUGCCCGGACGCGGCCAAGCGGCGCCUGCUGCUUGACGUGCAUCGCGGCUUUAUAGCCUCACCAGCAGCUCAGGACCCGGGGCUGGUCGGCGCCGGUUGGAUGCCGCCCGAGGCCGCAGUGGCUAAGGCCGACCGGGUAGCGGAGCACUCGUCCUGGAGCUGUGCCCGCUGCAGCUUGUGCAAUGCACCCGACGACGCGCGCUGCGAGUCCUGUAAAGGGCCGCGGCCAACCGAAAAGGAGCAGCAAGCGGCAGCUAGGCCCCUAGCUUCUGCACCGGAGCCCGUGCCGCUGUCUAUGGGGUUCUUCUUCGGCCAGCCAGCCCCCAUGCCGCAGGUGGCGAGCACCAGCGGCCAAGCCCGUGCUUCAAACCACGCACCCCCGCCACCACCAGCUGCAGAUGAUUUCCCUGCACUGGGUGGUGGUGGGCGAGCAGCCUCCAUGGCGGUUGCGCAGGGGCCUAGCAAUCUUUCGCGCGCAGACAGCUUCGAGGUCAGCGACCCCGACCCGCCCUUGUCUGCUGGCAGUGGUGGCAAGGGCAAGAAGGGGAAGGGUACGACCAUUAAGAUUGGCCUGCCUGCUUCCGGUGGCAGUGGUAGCUCGCGACCGCACCCGCAGAACGCCUGGACGCAGCCUCAGCGGAAGGCCAACGUUGCCAGCUCAUGGGCUGGCCAGGGGGGAAACAAGCUUGCAAAGAUGCACGGGGCAAUCAAUGACGCUUGGGACUAGCUUGACUGUGCAGCUGUGGCUGUGUUGCCCGUACAACUUCGUAAACGCGAACAGGAGCGCCGCAAGCGCGCAAAAGGGUUGACGUCUUGGCGUCAUGUGUAUCACGCGGGGUGGUCAGAAGUUCUUGGCGUGCCUCUUAAGCCCGCUGUGGCCCCGCCGCACAUUUAUAUCUCGAGCUACGUGACCAGAUACAGAUGCUGGUUCGUAUUCGUCCGGCUUGUGUGCCUGUUAGCAAGGACAAUGGCUUGGAUACCAUGUAAGAGUAUGGAUAACUUAACGCUGCCGUCACUGGGUCGUAUGGCUUCUUGGAGCAAUUGUGUCGGG